AUGGAUGAUAGUGACUUGAAAUCGGAUUGUUCCUCCAACUCAUCUGGGUCUCUGGUGGUGAUCCAUACCGAAGAAUCAGCUUCAACAACAAAUUUGAAAAAUACAAAUGAUGAUAAUGAUUCAGAUGAUAAAGGGGAAGUUUCGAAAAAUUUAUCAGAGACAGACGCAGAGAUUGAUUCAGUAGAUCUGUGUGCAAUCUGUCUGGACCAGUUGCCUGAUGGGGGUCAGAAAAUUGCGAGAGAAACAAGAACGACACAAUAUUUGGCCAGAAUAAGGCCAUGCAGUCAUUUAUAUCAUGACUUCUGUAUUCAGGCAUGGGCUGAAAAGGCGAACACAUGCCCUAAAUGCAGAGGCAGAUUCAACACUAUUGAACUUAUAGCCGAUCAUAAAGUGACACGCAAAAUACAUGUGGAUGAUAAGUUAUUCCCUCUUGAAAUUGAUGAUAGUAUACCGCCGGAGUUUGUUGAUGAGUUAGAGGAUCUUCCGGAAUUUCAUCAUCAGCAUCUCCAGAAUCAACUUUGCUGUCUAUGCGACUGCACCACUAAUUCACCAUUUGUUAUUUGCAGCGAGUGCUCGUCAGGUUAUCAUCUCUCGUGCCUUGGAAUAUCCGAGUUUACUAGAUUUAAUUGUCCCAUAUGUGACUCCAUUCAGGAUCUUAAUUCAGUUGUUGCUAUGGAUCGUUCAUCAUCUUCGUCUUCAUCUACUAGAGCCAAUAGAAGACAGCGGAGAAUUAUAUCUGGUAAUCGCCGUGCUGUUAGAAGAGCCAAUAAUAAUAACCUCAUGCAACAGCUACGUCAACAUAUUCGAAGUAGACGAUUCAACCAACUGGGAUUACCAAUUCCUGUCCGUCAAAAUGUCAACAGCGAGUUAAUCAGAAGAAGAGCGGGCCUCAAUUCUGCAGACGAUGACAUAGAUUAUGUUUCACUAGCUGAUAGCAAUAGAAAACGGGCCGAGAGCCUUCAUUUGAAAGAGUAUGUGGCUAAAGAAGAAAAUCAAAAGGAGAACAGUGAAGAAAAGCUUGCAUGGAAGAUUUUGGAUAAUCUUCGAAAUGGUAGAUCCGAACCUCAGACGUCCAGCAAAGAUGAGAAUCAUUCAAACGAUAAUGAGAAAAAGCUCAAACGACCAAAGCACAGAAAGCACAGCGUACAUGAGGAAGAUUCAAAGUCAACCGAGACUGAAAUAAAAGCAGAGAAAUUAAAGCAAGAUGUGCCCGCUAAGUUAACUGUUGAAGCGUUAAAUAAGCAUGAUAAAGAAUUAGAGCAGCAAGAAAUACAUAAUGCUGCUUUACAAAGACUCCGGAGGAAACAGAGGAAUACACCGCAAACAGGCAAACUAAACUACAACGAAAAAAUGAUUGUGCAGCGAAUACUAUUAAGACCAUAUCUGCGAAAACUCAAACUUCCUGCCGCAAAGUAUACUGAAGUUAACAAAUUUGUAUCACGGCAUCUUUAUAAAGAGAUUGAAUCAAAUCCACAAUAUUUAUAUAGAUUCAAUGCUUUACAUGAGAUUGCCGAGAGAGAGGGGGUUGAUUUCAAGAAUAAAAAGGCGGUUGACGAGGCGUUUAGUAAACAGGGAAUUGAUCAUUCACCUUGA